AGUGACCAGGUGCCUGUCUUCUUGCAGCCACCAAAAUGUCAGGAGAGAUGGACAAGCCGCUGAUCGGCCGUCACCUGGACAGCGAUGGCAGCCUUGCCGAGGCCCCCAGUGGGGCCCCCAAAGUGGGCAUCCUGGGGAGCGGGGACUUUGCCCGCUCCCUGGCCACACGCCUGGUGGGCUCUGGCUUCAACGUGGUGGUGGGGAGCCGCAACCCCAAACGCUCAGCUGGGCUGUUCCCCUCGGCGGCCCAGGUGACUUUCCAGGUGGAUGCAGUGAGCUCCCCAGAGGUCAUCUUCGUGGCCGUGUUCCGGGAGCACUACUCUUCGCUGUGCCGUCUCAGCGAGCAGCUAGCCGGCAAGAUCCUGGUGGACGUGAGCAACCCCACGGAGCAAGAGCACCUUCGGCACCGCGAGUCCAACGCCGAGUACCUGGCCUCCCUCUUCCCCACCUGCACCGUGGUUAAGGCCUUCAAUGUCAUCUCUGCCUGGACCCUGCAGGCUGGCCCGAGGGAUGGGAACAGGCAGGUGCCCAUCUGUGGCGACCAGCCAGAAGCCAAGCGUGCUGUCUCUGAGAUGGUGCACGCCAUGGGCUUCAUGCCCGUGGACAUGGGGUCCCUGGCCUCCUCCCGGGAAGUGGAGGCCAUUCCCCUGCGCCUCCUCCCGGGCUGGAAGGUGCCCACCCUCCUGGCCCUGGGGCUCUUCGUCUGCUUCUAUGCCUACAACUUCAUCCGGGACGUGCUGCAGCCCUACGUGCAGGAAAGGAAGAACAAGUUCUACAAGCUGCCGGUGUCCGUGGUCAACACCACGCUGCCGUGCGUGGCCUACGUGCUGCUGUCGCUGGUGUACUUGCCCGGUGUGCUGGCAGCCGCCCUGCAGCUGCGGCGGGGCACCAAGUACCGCCGCUUCCCCGACUGGCUGGACCACUGGCUGCAGCACCGCAAGCAGAUCGGGCUGCUCAGCUUCUUCUGCGCCGCCCUGCACGCGCUCUACAGCUUCUGCCUGCCGCUGCGCCGCUCCCACCGCUACGACCUGGUCAACCUGGCCGUCAAGCAGGUCUUGGCCAACAAGAGCCACCUUUGGGUGGAGGAGGAAGUCUGGAGGAUGGAGAUAUACCUCUCCGUGGGAGUGCUGGCCCUCGGCACGCUGUCCCUGCUGGCUGUGACCUCGCUGCCAUCCAUCGCAAACUCGCUCAACUGGAGGGAGUUCAGCUUCGUUCAGUCCACGCUGGGCUUCGUGGCCCUGGUGCUGAGCACGCUGCACACGCUCACCUAUGGCUGGACCCGCGCCUUCGAGGAGAAACACUACAAGUUCUUCCUGCCGCCCACCUUCACGCUCACUCUGCUGGUGCCCUGUGUCGUCAUCCUGGCCAGAGGCCUGUUCCUCCUGCCCUGCUUCAGCCGCAGACUCGCCAAGAUCCGGAGGGGCUGGGAGAGGGACAGCGCCGUCAAGUUCACGCUGCCCACGGCCCCCACCCUCGCAGAGAAGACGAGCCACGUGUGAGGUGCUGCGGGCUCCAGACACCAGGCGCAGGCGGGAUGGCGCCCUGAGCCCGUUAGGUUUUCUUUUCUGGAGAGCGGUGUGAUUGUGUGCAAAUGGGUGGUUUGAAGUCCAGAUUCCUGGGAUGCAAAUGUAUGCAGUAAUAUUCAGAAUGACACACGCGUGUGAUAUGUAUGUACAUAUAGUCCAUAUAUAUAUAUAUAAAACAGGAUUUUCAAUUAUGUUUACUUAGCUAAACCGUUGGGUCCCUGAGAUUUCAACGUGUAAUAUUUAAAAGCAAGCGCCAGUUAUUGGGAGAAGAGCAGACCAUGCUAUGGUGACAUUUGCAAGGAUGUACACACACUUUUUGUACAGAAGAGGCUUGUCCCUUGGUGAAUUUGAUCCAUUCAUUGCCCCUCCCAUCCCCCUUUUGCUUCCUCUCUAAGGCUCUUGCAGAGCCGGGGCUCUAAGGUGCAGGGAAGGCAACAGCUCUGCCUGGAGCCACCGGGGCGCACACACGGGACCGAAGACGCCAGUGACAGGGAGCAAAGCCGGGGAGGGGCAGGAGCCCUGAGUCUGGGGCCCUGGGAGCCCAUAGAGGGUCUCUGCCGGGCAGCGGUGGGUGGGUGGGGGCGGGGCUGAAGCUGCUCCACAUCAUCCUCCCUGAGCUGGGGAGAUUUUUUCUCUGAAAGUCAGAAGUCACCAUGGAGCCUGCAAAUUGAUCCUCCUGUGAGAGUGUGAAGUCACCUCCUCGCCAGAGCCAUUAAUGAACCCCGUCUUGAGAACAAGUGUAAUUUCUUUCCCUGUGUUAAGUUGGCAAUGACCGUUCUUUCAGCCACUGUGCCUUCUCACCUUUUCCUUCAUUAGUUCCAACGUCUCCCAGGAAGGCCCAGAGCAGACCCGUAGAAGUCAGUCCAAGGGGAGGGAGAAAAAGCAGGCAGCCCGCUAGGCGAUGGAGCUGAGCCCUUCGGGGGACCCUGCCCGGGGACUGAUGGACGGUGCUCGUUCAGCCAGUGCUGUGGAAAGCUCGGGGGACCCCUCCCACUGUCCUCGCUGCUGCUGGGCAAAGAACCUGCCUUCCAAGCACCCAGAAAACCGCCCGACUCCAAGUUCUUCCUGAUGAGUGUGACAUUUCAAAACAACAGGGAGGGUCUUUUCUGCCAAAGCUACAAACCUAAAAUGCUGCUGCACACGAGGGCAGGCCACCGCCAGGGCCACAGGACGUUUGUCGUCCACUCACACACCAUCCGUCACUGGUGCCUGCUGAAACUGGUUGGCCUCCCCUGUGGAGAAGCAGCUGUCCCUCCUCGACCCCAACUCCCCGCGGAACCAGGGAGAUCUGCCACCGAAGAGGCCUCUUUGAACACAAAGGGGUGAGGUCUCGAUGGGACCCCUGGACCCAAAGGGACCCAGAGAGCAGGGCUGGCAAAGGCUGACCACAGGGUGCCCCUGCCUCCCCAGGGAGCAUCACGGGCUCAUGUCCGUGGGUUACAUGAGGGCCCUUCAGGGAAAUGGGGCAAAGCCCAGUGCAAGGACAUCCCAUGAGGCCUGAGACGGAGGGAGGGAGGGCGUGCCUGGGAAGCUUCCUGCUUCCUGCCACUAUUGUCCAUCUGCUGCUCCGAGGCCGAGCGGCAGAAGCUUGUCUCAUAAACUAGCACUGACGGAGCGUCAGCCGAGGCCCACGGACAGCCUCGCCGGGAAGCGGACAAUGAAGCAGAGAUGUCAGCAUUUGAUGGCACUUGAGGGCCCAUCCAUUCCCUGCCCAUGGGAAGCAGAGAGAACAUGGGUGAUGGGACCCAGUGGUCCCCAACCCCAGCGGGUACUGGCUGCCUUCCUUAUCUGGCUCUCCCCGGGCAGGUGGUUGCUUAGACCAAAGAUGCUGGCCCGGAGCAGGGCCAGUGUACUUUGUCCCCUUCCCCAACCGCCUCCUGCUGAAGGCGCCCAUGCGGAGGGAAGCAAUUCCAAGGUGGGGCAAGAGGGGACAGGCACCACCGAGGGCCUGUCAUCCACCUAUGGACGGAGGGUGUGGGAGAUGUGUGCUGAGCCCUGGUUUUGUGUCUGCUGCUGCCUGUCCCUCCCUCGCCAGGCGGCUGACGGCAGCGUCCCCCCAGGACGCGUCAGUCCCUAUGGCUUGGUAAAUUCUAUGUGCCUCUGGGCACAAAAGUGCCUCGACUACCAUACUCUAGAAAUCCUAAAUGCCACGGUCUGAGGUUAAUGUCUAAAAUCUAUGCCAUUGAAAGAAUCUGUGUAUUUUUUUUAACCUAUAAACCUUGUCUGAGAAUUCACAAAAAUAAACACCUAAACUGCCAUGAA